AUGGCUGGUUCAAAUCCUCGCCGGCCAAGAUACUCUCAUCCCAUCAAUGGUCCAUCACUCAUCCCUCAGCACAUCUUAUCUCAGCAAACUUCUUCUGCAAGCAGCUCAAGCCGACCGUUACGAGAUCCAUACCAAGUUUUAUCUGCCGAUGACUUUGAUGGAUUUGUGGGUAGUAUAACUAGUCGGAUCAGGGAAGCUCUUUUGGGAGGACCUAAUAGACAAUCAAAUCAACCAUCAAGAUCUGUUUCAAGAGCUCAAGAAGACGUCUUUGGAGAAGUUGCUAGUGUGCCAGCUGAUAAUCAUCCUUCACCUCACGAACAGACUGACGUGAUUCCUCAUAAAGAUUAUCCGGUUUCGGACAAUUUAUCUUCUCAGGAUACAGAUGAGGAAAGAGUAGAAUCGUCAUCUAGUGAGGAAGUAGUUGAGGAGGUUGCGUCAAGACAAAGAAUUGAAGUGGACUUAUCAAAAGAUGACUCAAGUAUCGAAUCAGAUGACCCUGAACCGAGUUCGCUGGAUGAAGAAGAAGAAGAAGAAGAUCGGAUGACCGAAGAGGGUGAGGAAGAGGAUGAUGAACAGAGGAAUGAAAAUUUAGAGUUGGAUGAAUCACUCAGUGUAUCCGAAUCACAAGACGAGACAGACUCCGAUCAAGAGUCUACUGGUCAGACUAAUGGAUCUCGAACUGUGAAUGGCAAUCUCCGAUCUUCUUCACAACAAAACCUUCGUUCGGAUCAUCUUAGUACAAACCAUCGCCCUUCACCUCAUCCUCCAGGCGCGUCACAAUCUCAUCCUCCAGAAAUCAUACCAAUCGAUGACGAUUCGGACGUAGAAGUAUCAAGCUCGAUCAGUUCAUCAUCAUAUAUUGCCCCACUUGAUGCGCUUGAAGCUGAACAAGAUGCAGAUGUCACUAUUCAUGGUAUUGAAGAAUCUGAUGACACAGACGGUUCUCAAGGUAGCCAGAAUACCGAUUCAGAGGAAUUCCGAAGUGAAAACCUCGAAGACGAACCGGCGCGGGAAGAGAGUCCUAUGGAGGACAUCACUGUACCAUUGCCAACUCACGAACAGGCUCUUGGUCAAGCAUCAUCACAUACACUCUCCAAAGAAAACCUGUCAACUCAGGAUGUCAAUCGUCGUGGUUCUCUACCUAUUUCUCGAACAUCCAUUCGUAGUUCGGAUUCAAAGGAUUGUAUCCAAUCUAUUCCAGAAGGCGUUGUUUCCCAACGCGUCAACUUCUUUGAACCUCGAACCAUUCUCCCGGUCAAUGAGUCACGUAAUCUAGCCGUACCUCCAAAAAACGAAACUUUGGCCGAUCGUCAGCUUUCGAAGACAGAUGACGUCAUAGAGAACUCACUUGACCCAAGGCCCGAUCCACCUCAGCUUUUGGCAAGCUCAUCCCGCAGUCUUCAGCGGAUUGGUAGUUUCUCAGCAGAUGGGAAAAUGAUAUUCCGACCAUCAAGUGAGACAUCGGAAGAUAUGUUAGAAGAUGAGAAUGAUGAUUAUCUAGGAGGGUUCCUAGAAUACUCUAAGACUGAAGAGUUUCAAACCGAUCUUGAUGGUCCGAUUGUUUCAACGUCUGUACAUUAUCGACAACAUAUCGAGGUGACUAAUAACCAUCAAGACCUCGGUGAUCGAAACACGACGAAUGAAUUUGACCCGUUAUCGGUGGACCCUGCUCUGGAUCAACUCACGGAAUCUCAUAUCUCGGUCACUCAGAUAACACAGCAAACACCUAUUGUGAUCGAUGACGAUGAUGACGAAGUGGACCACCUUUCUCAUGCUAUGCCUGAAUCACGCCUUGAUCAUAUGCGAUCAGUGGCGGAAGAUGGAAAUCCUCAUGCCGCCAUUUAUGACACUGGAGACUGUGCUACUCUGAAUUCGCAAAGAACGACGACGCAUGUAGUCGAUGACAAUGAUCUAUUCGAAGGGGAUCGUGAUCUGCAGCUUCAUCGAUUGGGUCAAGAUCAUCUAGAGAAGUAUAGCAUGAUCGAUGAAUUGCUUGAAGAGUACCCGGAUGUAGAUGUAUCACCAGUCUUGGGUGCGGAUGCUGAUGAGCAAAGCAGAAUGCAAUCUUUGACGUCUUUACCUAAUUCAGAUUCUCAAACAGAAAACAUCUUGGAGCGCUUAAUGCAAACUGAUCCGAAGUUUCAGGGGUUAGUUGAACAAGCAGAAAGACAUGGGGUCGAGUUGGAAGCUCAAGAAGCGGCGUCGAACGACGAAGCUUUGGCCAGAGCUCUUAAAGCUGGUGAAGGUAAUAUGCAAAAGAUUCUGGAUAACCUUUUAGGGAUCUCGCCUCAAACUCCAUCUACCAGCUUGACAUCUACCUCUGCUCUUGAGGCUGUUGAAACGACAAAUGCUCUCCCCGCUUCUGACGCGCUACAUUCACAGGAGCCCGAGACUACAGUAGCUCAAUCGCUCGCUCCCAACCAUACUCCAUUUGUUUGUAAACUAUCUGAACAUUUGCUGAUGUCGGUCACUGCCUUGAACAAAAAGUAUGAGUCACAUUCUGGUGCUCGUCCAAUAGAGAAUCCCUCGAUUAUCCUGGCCGAACCAUCCGCUUCGUCCAUCGAUCAACUAUGGGGAGACUUUACAUCGGAUCCAGCUUCAGGUCAACUGCUGUUGGAUAACUUCAUCCAGCCGAUUUCUUUGGAUUCCAUACCCGCCAACACAAGUGCCAGCAGCAAAGGAAAAUCCACGGUGGCUAAUCCCAUUCAUGAGGGAACGGACAUGCAACAAGGUGUACCGAUUGAGGUACCGUCUCUGCCAGAUCUUCAUUCGACUGAGGAGGAGACUUCAAUCUUUGUGACGGAGCCUAUGGAAUCGAGUAUCGAUCAGGCUCGAGCUACUGAUGCGAUGGACGUGGAUCAACCUCUUGCAGAGUUGAUUGCCUCGCCAGCACCGCCGGUCAUGGAGCAUAACGAGCAAGCUUCAUGGUCUAGAUUGGAAGGACCAACUCAAUGCGAGGAGGUUGACAUGCUAGCGCUCAGCCCGCCCGCGCUCAGUCCCUCCACGCUCAGCCAUUCCAACGCUGUUGAAUACGAGGCAGCGAUGAACGACAUCAUGCAAAAAGUAUUUGGCACCCAAGAGGUCAUACACGACACUCCUGCACAGGAGGUGGGUCAAGACGAACAAGACAUCAUCCAGAGUAACCCUAGCACACUUUUGAGGGAUAUCGAGUCAACAAUUGAAGCGAUCAAUACUGAAAUAUCAAAAGCAGAAGCGCCUUUGACUAUGGAAGUGAUGUCUGAAGUGUUAUCAGCCAAUGAAGCCGUACAUGACAAGACAGAAUCUUCUGAUCUGCUGACAAACAUCUUGACCACACAGGCCACGCAACAUUCUGACGCCAAAGCCGCUGAAGAUUUGGGAAGAUCACGACCGAGCUCUAGCAGGGGGCAUGUCAAUGCUGUCACAUUUGCUGACUCGCCGCUUCUUGAAGUAACUCCUGCGUCUCAUAUGGAUUGGGUCGAUGACACCGGCGACGAGGACGCAGAAAAGAGCAUAAGCAGCGAGACACGUGUAUCAACACAUCGGACUGAUGAACUCCCCACGCCACUGGCUAGUACGACUCAAGGCCAAAGGACACCUUCAGAAUUAUCAGAAAGAUUCACCUCAUUAGGUCCUGCAUCAUUUGUCACAUCUUCUGCUCCAUCUUCAAUAGCUUCUAGUGAUACUAUUUCGGCUCCAGCGUCUGUUGCCCCUCCUCCUCCUCUACCUAGUGCUUCGAUGGGAGCUCCUACUGCCGCUCUCGGUUUAACCAAUCAGAUCAAUAGGCGCUCAUCUAUUGAUUCUAGCACACAUGCUGAACCACCAUCUCCUUCUACCUCCACUCGCCAACGUAGUGCUCCAAUCACGAAAGAGCAAGUCAAUGCUCCCGGUCUACCUCAUAUUCAAGAGACGGCGGAUUUCUAUAACGCACCUGGCUCAAAUGAUGACAACGUCCUCAACCCUCUCGAUCCCCCUCCACCCAGCGAUGUGUUCUCACUCGCGUCCUUACCACCAGUAGUCGACCCGAAUCCCUCCGAUGAAUCGACCAGUGUUCCAGAGCCUUUGGGACGUCCUGUUUUACCUGAUCCGGGUAGAACACCGGCUCCAACUACAGGCGAAGCGAUCAGACUGGAUGAUAUCCCCACCCCUUACUUGACCUCGAUUAACAGUCAGUCAAGAGAGUCGAGUGUGGUGGUACAGGCAGCAGGCUCACCAAGUCCGCCCAAGUCGACGCUGAUGCCCGAGUGCGAAAUCAAUGUGGCCGGAUUGCCACACCAAUGCAGUACGGCCUCAGAGGAUCUAAGUCAAGUGGAGGCGAGUGAAAAGUUACCUGAUCCUAGUAUGCCACCGGCAGCAAGUACGAUUCCUACUAUUCAAUUAGAAGAUAUUCAGUCCGCCCAACUGGCCUUAGAUCCCGACAAUGGCAACCAUCCUUCACGUGAAUCGAGUGUGGUCGCGCAGCCUGCUGGAUCUCCUCAACCUACAACUGCUACUAAAGCUUUCUUCAGUCCUUCAUUGACUUCGAUGUCAGGGCCUACGGAAUUUUUGAAUCCGAUGAACAUCGGCAACUCUUCAACUUCAUCUGCUGAGGCCAAUCUAGGUGCCAACCCAAUUCGUAUCGAACCUUCUAACAAUGGAACACAACUGUUAGAUGCCGAAGGUACCAACCACGGCGUGGCAGACCAAGAUAAGGGAGUUUACGAGGUCAAACAAGCAGAGUCGUCUUCGAUGGUUGGUGUUUCGGCGAGUUUGGUAUCUUCCCCGCUCUCCGCGCUACCUGCUGAAAGCGCGGACCUCCCCAUCCCAGACGUCCUAAGCUCAAAGAAAGCAUCCCAUGACAGUGCCGUGUCCGGUUCACCGUCGACUAACGUCAUCCAUGACGGUUCGGACGAAAGUAUGUCGCAACCGAUGACAGGUGAAAAAGCUAAGCGGGGAAGACCAAAAGGCCGCAAAAGUGCUGCUUCCAAAAACAUGGAUGCUAAUUAUAGUGUAACGGCCAAGGAGAUCGCCACGGAACGUGCUCGAGAGCUGCAAUUGGAAGCAGACCUCAAGUCAACUUUACAAAAACGAAAGCGAGCGAAGCAACCUUCUACACAAGCACACCCAAUCGCUUCAGCCUCUCCGAAAAACGAAGGUGUAGUUGAAGGGCCACCAAAAUCCAAGGAUGGUAGUUCAUCUGUGAUACACACACCCAGAAAGGUUUAUAUCACUCGAUCCCGACAGAGUACCAAUGUUCCAACUGAUGAUGGAUCAGUUGUUGAGUCAAAUAUGACGGAGGAGGAGGAACCGGAAGAUUUAAUUGGAUCUCAGACCCGUCAGAUGCGAAGAGCAGCUUCCAAUAGGCUAACAUCCGCUUCACCUAAACCUCCUUCUCGUUCACCUCUGUCUCGACCAUCGCGCUCACCUCUAGCUCGACUAUCUCGCUCACCUCGAUCUCGUCCAUCAAGGUUUGGCUCACCUCGUACAAGUCCUGCUCCUGGUCCAACUAAUCUGGUGGAUAACUCAACCAUGGUAGAUAUUCCUGAGGAAGAAGUAACAGUAUCGCCUUUGCCGACUAAGAAGACGGGAAAAGGAAAGGGUAGGAAAUCAAACCCGACUACUAGAAUGUCCAGUCCUCCUGCUAUUCCUGCAACUCCGAUUCUUAACAAAAAACCAUCCUCGACCGCUUCUGAACCAUCGGAUAUCGGUCAAUCUAGUAAAAAACAAACCUUAGGAGCUGUUCCUGGAGGAGAUACGAAUAUCGCUUCACAACUUUCGGCUGAACUUCAAUUAAAUGUUCCUGGGUUGAUUUUACAACGAAGUAAUGAUGAGCUAGCUCCUAGAAGAAGAUUACAUCAACAUCAUUCUUCUAGUACGUUACUGCCUACUCUGAAUGUACCUUUGAAAGAACCGAUGCCUUUAGAACAAACGGAGAUGAAAGCGAAAUCGAAGCCUGGGUCAACACGUGGUGGACGUCGUCGACGAUCUGAACUUGAAGGAAGACCACUUCCGAGUUCUCAACCACCUGUGACUAGAUCACAUUGUCAUUAUGUGAGAAUCAAAUUUACAAAGUUGAGUGAAAGGUUAAGGGAUGAGGUGAAAUUAGAUACUUUUUUGGUUCCACAAUGUGCUAUGGGAGAUGAAGAUGUGAAAAACUUGAUGGUAGAAGAAGGAGUAGAAGAAGUAGGAGAUGCGACUGUUGAAGAACAAUCUAGAAGUUUUAAGAUUGGAACCGAUGGGAAAAGAGUGAAUGAAGGAGGAGGGACAUCGAAUGAGAUGAUUGAAGGAGAAGAACAAGAACCAGAAGAGAUGGUAGUGAAUGAAGAGAUGAUGAAGUUAUUGAUCAGAUUAGUUGGAUUAGGAUUGAUUCAUGAAGGACAAGUUGAAGUGCUUAUGCCAUUACCACUGUCAAAUGGAAAGAAAAUUGAAGGUGAAAAUGAAGAUGAAGAUGAGAUUGAAAGAGGUAGAAGAUCAAGAAGAAUGAGUCAAAGUAAUAGUCCAGCUACUAGUGUGACUUCUUUUCGUAGUUAUGAUUCGAAUCGAAUGAAAUCAAAAACGAAAACUAAAAGGAAAAGUAGUCAUCUUAGAGAUUCAUCAUUAAUUUCAAGUAAAAAAACUAAACAUUAA